CCUUCAUCCUCACACAAAGUGAGCCGCACAGCGUCGCUUCAAGCAGCUUGGAGGCAGAUCCGCGUCCUUCUCAGUGCACCCCCCGCGCUCUCUUGCUGCAUUUAAUCCAUAGCGCCCGAUAUUCUAUCGACUUAUCUACCUUAUUCGUCGCUGUUGGAUUUCUAAAUCGCUCUGUAGGUGACGUAAUCCGUUGUCUUCAGGUAGCUAUCCACUAGCAUCCAUAUGGUGCGGAAGACCGCAUCCUGGAGGACACAAGUGGAAGCUCGAGAUGUCCGUCAGCUUCAUGCUACAGGAAAGGACGUAGUUGUCCCUCUCGUGCUCUGGAACGAGCCACCGCAAGUGGAAGUGUCCUCCUUACACGUCCCCCAGCUCCCUAUCUCCCAGCCAAGCCAGAACUCGUCCAUCUUCGCCACCGAGGAGGACAGAGAGACGACCAACGACGAAUCCACUCGCACCCAAUUAUGUGUAUUUGCAGGCACAGUGGACGGUCUUGUCCUCUACUGGAGAUUCGAGGUGGACACUGUAGCACAAGUCAACUUACUCGUCUUUCCCGGCAUUGACGGUGAUGGAUACCCCGUUGUAGGCAUCGUGAGUGGGACAGAUGAGUGGGGACAGAGCACGUUGAUCUCAGCCACGAGGGACGGCGCAAUAGCGAAAUGGCAGCUACCCAAUGGGGCCUGUGCAGAAGCUAACGCGUCUCUAGCUAAAGAAUUGACACCGCUCUUGGGCCUCGAGAUGCUGGGAAACAGACGAUUUGCAGUAGUAGUGAGUGAGGAAUCGAGACUUAUGGUGCUGGAUACGUGGAGAAUGCAGCUUCUGUAUUGUAUGGACACUGCGCAGGAACAGAUCCGACGCAGUAUCGCAGUUGGGGAGCUGCGAAUGCCACAGCCGAAGUCAGCGAGGACCAAACUGAUUCGAUCGAGUAGUGGAGGGAUUGAAACAGGCUACAGACCGCCAAAUGAGCAGAUAAUGACUGACAGUCCGUCAGCAGGUGGAAGACAGUCAAUGACAGCUGGAUCGCCAGAUACGAGACGAAUUGCUACGUUUUUAUCGCCCAAUGGAGCUGCAGAACAUCGAUGGGAUGCAGUGGUGCUUUCGCUGGGAGCAGAGGGACUCGUCAAGUGUUUUCUGUGGACUCAACCUCGAGGUGCUACAAGUGGAACACCGUUUGGUGUCAGUGAAGGCGGCGGCUCGGCGAGUGUGGCGUGGGGAUUCCGCUGGGUACAACGUAAUAGCUGGGUGAUCUCAUGGGCGGACGAAGCGGAGGAUAUCACUUGUUCCCAGAGCACAUCGCUGAAGGACGGAGACAAUAUGAACCCGCAGACUGCUCUUAUGGGCUCGAUCAAGAGCAGCUAUUUCCCGUUAUCUGUGCACGUUUCUCCGGAUUCCUCAUGCGUGCUUCUCAUCUGGAAGACCAGGUUCGCUAUACUCAAGCGGAAUUGGUUGUGUCCAUUAGAGAUAAGCAGUGACAAUCAACCAAGCACUAAACCAUUCGGAAAGCCAAGACCCAAUACUGUCGUUGGGACCUGCCGUAUUACGCCGUCAGAGUUUGUACGACAGGCAGCUACAACUUACAGUAACAAGUGGCUUACUUCGUGCAGUAGUGGAACUGCGUACUGGGAGAAUGGCGAGUUCUUGGAAGACGGAAAUGUCAUUUUGUGGACCAAUACGGGCCACGUUUUCCAGUUUUCGACAACCGAUGCUUCGACAAAAAAUGCUGGGAAGUUUUUCAUCUUUACGAAAGAUCAAGAUCAAUUGGUGCCACGAUCCGACUCAAAAAUGCUGCGUGUAAUUGACAAGGCUAUGUAUGUUACUUCAAUGGAUCGAUGCAAUUGCUGUGAUGACAAAAGUAAGCAAACAAAGCCGAAGAAGGCGAUGUCUUUGCUGACGGGACGACAACAGCAUCCAGGAUAUACAGUCUGUAUGAAGACUGGCUCUUCGAAUUCAAUAGUGGAGAUAGUACACAUGUGCCGCCGAGGAACGCUUGGACUCUGGACGAUGUCAGCCGGACGGAUGUCAUCAAUACGCAAGAUAUUGAACGUGGAUAAUAUUGUUGUCCCUAGAGUGGCACUAGCAGAACGGGUGCGUUUUCACUCUCUAACGGAUGGAUUUGAAGCCGCUGCGAUUGCUGCGCAGGGAGGUGAAGCGUGUCUGUCUUCACAACACCGUGGUUUCUUAACGCAUUUUAUACUUGGACGGAAUGACACCCAAACAUCAUCGACGUAUGAAGUGGUUAGACGAGCUGGAAUGCGUCGGAAGCGUCAGCAACUUAACGAUGGACCAACAAGUUUGAAUAGUGGAAGUGGAGGAUCAAUUACAAGUACUGCGGCCGCGGUAAUGGCAAAUAACGUUAAUGUAUUAGCCACUGCAUUGGCGCCUAUUACGGUACGAGGAGCACGAGGUGUUGGAGGCGAGUCCAGACAGCCUGACGAUGAUGUAAGCGAACAACGAAAAGCAGAUCUCUUAUCCUAUCGAUACUUGCUGGAUAUACCUACUAUCGCCAAAGGAUUCUCAGAUGGAAUGCUACACAUUGGAUUGCUAAGUCAAGAGCACUUGCCGAGUAAAAGUGGAGACACAGAAGGAAAUGCAGUAACACUACUGUCGUGCCACUCAGGACGAAUAACGGCGCUUGCGCACUGCUUUUGGGGCAGUGGGGCUUCUUCAAUCUCUCCCUCAGCAGCUAACAACACAAGCCAAUCCUCCAUGGAAGAGACAUACGUCGCAACGGAGCGAAAUCCGUUCUACAAGUCGCGCUUUCGUGAUCACUCGUUAGGACAAAAUCGGCAUCACAGCGGAGAACGCACCCCUCGAAAUUUGCUAACGAUAGACACAUCGAGCGAUUCUGCGUCGAACAAUGGGUUUAUCCGAGUUCCUCCAAGUAAUCCUCAUCCUUCGAUUAACUUCUUCGUGUUUAGCGGCGGCACGGACGGCGUUCUCCGAGUGAUCGAGCUAGUUCUCUACCGUUCAAACGGAUUGGUCCAGCACGCAGCAAGAUUGUUGCAAAAGUUUCACAACCAUCGCGGACCCAUCCAGCAGAUCAGUGUUUCACCGCUUAAGAGAGGAGCUAUGGGCGAUGACGGAGAGGAUUUGGACACUGAACAUCCUGACAGAUUGGUUGCAACAGUGGGGAUAGAUCGCAAAAUUGUAAUUUAUGCACCUCAGUACUCGAUACCCAGCUCAAGUCGACCGACAGACUGCUGUAGUGUCGAGUGGGAGUGCGUAUUAGAGUUGGCGGAGCAUGGAGACAGAAUCUGCAACCUGGAGUGGCAUCUGGACCGUGGACUGCUUCACGUCGAAUGCGAAGAUCGGAUGGUGUACGUAUGGAGUAUCGACACUGGCAUUCUGGAGCGUAUAGUUCCAUGUGCACUACUCUACGGGGGAGGCAAUGCGUCAGUUGAAAAGACUACAGUCGGAUCGGACACUGUCGGUUGUUCACUCGCUGAGAACUCCACGUUGUUUAUCGGCAGUGCAGCCGUACAACUCAUCGAGUUCGCCAUCCUUCGAAGUGCUGAACAGCUCAAGAAGAACUGGACAAGUUACUAUUCAUCAAUCCGUCAGAACAGUGAUACGGCCGUCAUUAUCCGUGAGAACGAUCUGCCUUCAGUGUAUGCGACGGGCUCGAUGGAGUUGUUCAUGCUGUCCUUACUGCUGUCGUGGGGUGUCACUCCUGCUAUUGAUCAAUCAUGUCAGACAAUCUUAGGCAUAGAGCCAGCACAUGCGCUCUACUCGUGUGCACUGCAAGACUUCAUUUCGGGGGCGUUGACUAUUCCAGUUCCAUGGACUACACGACCAUCAGCUGCCGUUAUUGAGGCUGAAGUUCGAGAUUCAGUGCCUGCGUUCGCUCGGAAUUGGCAGCACUCGUCAGCGCUGUCCGCUAGCAUAGCGCUUGGGGUCGUAUCGCUCUGUAUGAGCUGCAUGGAGUAUAAGCAUUCCAGAUCUGGCAACGGUAGCACGUCGCCUGCAAACAAGGAAGAGUUCCAAGUUCUGUGGAGUCAACUGAUCACGCAGCACUCCGUUGUACUUCCAGAGAGCGUCGCGCAGUUCCGAGAACCAGCGCUAGAGGAACUUGCAGCAUUCGGGUUCGACUCGUGUGAGUACACGCAACUAGCGGCCCGUACUCUAUUAAGUGGAGUGAUCAAGCGUCUUCCUCCAGCCGAGAAAAGUAUAUUAUCUGCCGAAUACUCCGCAAAACUUCAUUGGGAAAUGGUGCGUUUGGAGACCGAGACGGGAAGCUCUUUCCUCGGAACGGUGGGCAGCGUUGGAGCCAGUGGCGGCGCAAGUUCGAGUGCUCAACCAAGUGGGAAUAGUGCAAACGGGGGUGGUGGUAGUGCCAGUGCAGCCAACGACUCAACCGCGAUGUCCUUCUCUCUAGUGGUUGAAAGACUGGGCUCACUUGUGCUUCUGAUGAGUAUGAUUGGCACGUAUUUUCCUGGUGAGAUCUCACCGGCCAGUGCGCGUGAAGUGUGUGAUGUACUGGUAUUCCUACUCAAAGCACCGGAACGAUUCGUGGCUUCUGUAUCGGCUGAGCUGCUUACGAAGGGCCUGAUGUUAUUCCGACCCCAUCUCGUGGAUUUAUCAUCGCUUAUAGUGCAGCUCUUGUUGGUUGAUAUGCGUGAGAAACAGCGCAGUCAGAGUGACGACAGUGAAUGUGUUCCACCCGGCCCAGGAGGCUCUCUAUCCGACUUUAACGAAGGUGGAACUGGUGGGAGUAAUGCGGCCAUGAGUCUGUUAGUGGAGGUUGGAGCCUAUGAGUCGGCGUUCGUCCUCGGAUUACUACAGCAAGAGAUGCACAAUCACGACCGGCCACCCGGUUUCCAUGAAAGUAUCUUGCUGUACAUGAUGGAGCUGAUUAAUACGCACUACCUGCUCAUGUGCCGGCAUCUUCCGGCGUUCGUAGACACGAUCAUGGCGUGUCUGGAUCCCACAAAACCAGAGCGACGUCGACGGUGUCUACCGCUGAGUACUCGCUGUCUACACAGUCUGGUUCGGCGGUUCCCCAUGGUUGACUUCCACAAGGAAACGCAGCGCUUGGCGUUAGGUACAAUGGAGGCAGUGAUCGUCAUCUACGACCUACGUACGGCCACGAAAUGGCGCGUCCUGGACGGCCACACCUCGGCCGUCUCGGCUGUUCGCUUCCGCUCUGAUGGACAAGUUUUGGUGUCGUAUGCAGCUCGUGACGGUAGCGUCCGGUGGUGGAACAGCGGCAAUGCUGGUCUGUUCGGUGGUAUGCUCAAGAUGCACCAGUCCUGUCUCAAAGAACACAAACUGGCAGCAUUGAAGGAAAGUGCGAAUGGAGGCGCGCCAUCUUCGACCGGAGGAGCGAGUGCCGGUCUCAAACAGAUUAUCCAGACGUGUCGAUUCAACUUCCUCACGCGCAAAGAGAACCCUGACGGUAGUAGCGGCAACUCGGAACAACCCAAACACAUUCUACGACUCACUCGUGAAGACGCCAGCCAAGUGCAGUUCCUCCUGUAAGACAGCAAGGCCAGUUCAGGUUGUUGGUAAAGGGCGGAAACUUCAGGGCUUCAUCGCAUGGUGAUUGAAAGUUGAUGCACGAGAUCCGUCACUUUGAUGAAGAGAAUAUGGUCAAAUGUGACCGAUAGAUUAAUAAGUUUCUACUGUAGUAUUGACUACAGAGAAUGGCACUCCGUUACAGAUCUCCUAACAAACGCUACCUAUUCCUAGCUAACUCUGUCGAUUCUCGC